AUGCCACAGGAAACGCAUAGUAAAUCGAAGAAGUCUCCGCAGACAGAAUACGUAGAGGUCUAUAAAGGGCCACUGCUGAAGCCUGUUGACGAGAAGAACAUUGGCAUCAAAUCAUCAGUGACAGUGUCUUCACACGCUCUAUCGUCCACGGGGUCUCUGUCAUCGGCGGAGACCAGACCUCGACAACGAGUUCUAAGCUUUUACCUUCAUUGGUUCACAGCAUAUCGGAUACUCAUCGGGCUCACCUUUCUAGUUAACGUCGUAGUGUUCAUUGUGCACAUUAGAAAAACUCGCCACGAGCAUUUUGCCCUUUCUGGACCUCUAAUCGCUACGGCCGCCAAUAUCUUCGUUGCCGUCUUUGUGCGUCAGGAGGACCUCAUCAACGUAAGCUUCUCCUUCGUAGCCAAAACACCAGCUAGCCUGCCGUUAUGGCUCCGGAAGACGAUUGCAGACUUUCACCACUACGGCGGACUACACAUUGGAUGCUCCGUGGCAGCACUGCUAUGGUACUGUUACUUUGUGUUCCUUAACACAAAUUUCGUUCUCGACACUGUAAAGCAGGACAAGGCUACGGGCUGGAUGUGGGCCGACAUCUUCACUUGUUACGCCUUCCUCCUAUCCAUCCUAGUCGUCUGUAUUCUAGCACUCCCGCGUCUCCGAGUGAGGUUUCACGACACGUUCGAACACACGCAUCGCUUUGGUGGAUGGGCAGCAUUACUAGUACUAUGGAUAAAUGCAGGCGUAGCUAGCAAUAACCCGGGCAGUUCACCUCUCUAUGCCAACGCCGCUCUCUGGCUCCUAGCCUCGACAACCUUUCUCAUAAUCCUACCAUGGACCCGCAUCCGCCGCGUACCCAUAACCGCCGAAGCUGUUUCAAGCCGCGAAGUCAAGCUUACAUUCCCUUACCAAAAUAUGCCCUAUACUUCCACAACCCGCUUCUCACUAUCCCCGCUUCUCGAAUGGCACGCCUUUGCCACGAUCCCUAUCCAAGCCUCAUCUACACCAACCAUCUCCUCCGCAUAUAUAGUCAUCUCGGCAGCGGGUGACUGGACAAAGUCCAUCAUCACCUCCCCACCUACUCACAUCUGGCUUCGCAAACCUGCCACCAAAAACUUCCUCUCCUUCGCCCCAUUGUUCGACUCCCUCCUCCUUAUAGCCACAGGCGCAGGUAUCGGUCCCUUGCUCUCCCUUUUGAGCUCACCAGCUAUCGCACAUAUGCGCGAACAGGGCAAGCAGGUUAGGGUCAUGUGGGUUGUGUAUGAUCCUAAUGCGGAGCAUUGGGGGUUCGCGCAAGAUAUUAUACGGAGAGUGGAUCCGGAACCGAAGAUCUUUGACUCUAGGGAAGGGAGGCCCGAUGUGGCGUGUGAGGCAGAGGUUAUGAAGAAAGAGUGCGAGUUGGAGGCUGUUAUGGUCGUUAGCAAUCCGAAGGCUACAAGAGAGGUCGUCGAGAGGAUCAAGGGGAACGGGGGUGCGGCUUACGGGGCUGUGUUUGACUCUUAG